AGCUUAGCUAGAAACUGUGCAAUCUAAACGACAGUCGCACUUAAUGGUGAAUGCAGUUGCGAGUUGGCUAUGUUCAAAUCUAACGUCAAACCACUAGUCCCAGCUCCUCAGCCCGGCAUGGCUCGAUGGCCCCAGGUUUAAUUUCAUGUAUCGUUAGGCUAUCAGCUAGCUUGCAGUUACUUUGGGAAUAUUCUCCUUUGAAAUAGCACCUAAAACUAUAUGCAUUACCUGCGACCCAUGAUGCGUGUGAAGCAGAUGGCUUGGAGUUGUUCAUUCAUACAUCGUCUAUAAGAGUAGAGUAUUACAGGUGCUUCAUCACAGGUAAUAACUGGUACUCUGUCUCACAGAUCAUUUGAGUAUUGUCUGAAGUGGGAAGUACCCAUGAAUUGUCGGCGCUCCUCCAGACUAACAAAGGCCUCUGAGAAGAGCCUCCAGAGAAGCCCCAGCCCAAACGAAGUUGUCCAGCACAGGUUGAGGGGUAAGAGGAAGAGGAGGGGCCUGAGGAAGAGCAAAGCUGACUACAUCGUAAUUGACAGAGAUAAACGGAGGGACCGUGACAUCAUUGACAUCAUCAAUAAUGACCAGGAUGCUAAACAUAUUGCCAAAAAGGAUGAAGGAAAGUUUGUGGAGGUGGCUGAUGAAGGAGUGGACAUGUCUGAUGAAGACUGUAACUCUGUUACCAGCAGUGUAGCUUCUGGUCCUUCCUGCCUACACAGCAACUCUGCACAGAAACACAGUCUGUGCUCAGCCUGCCAGAAACUCUAUCAUAAGGCCAAGAAGAUGAAAGCACCAAUUAAAAGUAAACUUUUGGACAGUGAUCCCAAGUCCCUCACAUGUGACCAGUGGGUCCUGAUCAAAAAUUGGAGGCCAAAGAGACUGCCUAGUGCAAGAGGGAAGCUUUUGAUCCAUGUACACUUGGUUAAGAAAAGACUUAAGGUCAAGGACGAUGCCAGGCGAACUGAGAAAUGUGUGGGAGGGGGACAACUGUCGGCCUGCUCAAGGCCUCACACUUUCCUUCAGAGGAACCUCAGACGGUGUGUCAGAGUUCCUGUGAAAAAGAAGAGAAAGAACAGGAGGAAAAGGACAAGAACUGAUUCUCAGAGUCCUUGUGUCACCAAGCAGCAGUGUUUACACAGCAACAAUCACCAGCAGCACAUCAGUAUUGACCGUCCCGAUAACGAUGGCCUUUACUCAACCAGUGGUCACAGUAGCUGUCCUGGUUUUGAGGGUUGGAGCGAGAAAGGAAUGGACGAUACAGAAGACACACAUCUAGCUGCUGAGUUGAUUUCCACCACAGUCACUCUGCAGCAAACCACCCAGCAAAGAGAGGACCCGCCCAAGCAGAAACCACCUAAGAAGACACGGGGAUUCAGAGACUUGCUCGCUCAGUUGCGUAGCAACAGCAGCGUGAUCGUCAAAGAGUCACGUUAGCGAAGUGAUUUCCAACUUUUUUUUUGUCUUUUUACCUGCAGUGUUAAGUUCUCAAAUGCAGAUGCAGGAUUUAUUUGUUGGUCUUUGGUGUUCUUUCACCAAGAUAUAUUUGUGUUCUGAAAACACAAGUAUUUAUCUUACAUUGUGUGCUGUUUACUGAAGUCAAACACCUGGAUCUAUAUCUGACUUUAUUGGUAAAGUUCUGCUGCAUUUUCACAUACUUUGCAUGUAAUUUAUUUUCUCUUAGAUUUAAAAAUUGCAUAUUUAAGCUUUCAUAAUACAGGAAAAAAGCUGAAUACAGGUGUGGAUUUUUUUCAUUACAUGAAUGCCUAUGGCAGAUGUAACAUUCCCAUCACCAGUAGAUGUACUGUGCAAUAAGAUGAUCUGUGAUAUCAAACAACAAGCUGAUUCAAAGCAUCCUUUUUGACUCAGUAGGGUCUGUGCACUAGAAAAGUCACUUUUGAUUUUUAUUUAUUUUAUUUUAUAUUAGCUAGUGUCCCACAGUGCAAUGCAGUCUAACAGCAAACAGUUGUAUCAGUUCUUCAUAGUAUAAAUGGGUAAGAUAUGUUGAAAAAGAUUGUCAAGUUUAGUACUCCUUAUAUGGUACACAUUUAGUUAGUGUAGAUUUGGGGCACGGUGUAUCUCUGCCACUUCUUCAUUAAUAAACACUUCUUACCAAGAAUAA